CCCUAGUGCUUUUUUCUUUAUCCACCAUGCCCAAGGAGAAACGCAGACGCAGCGGCGCCCACGAGCAGUCCGUCAAGCUGCACAAACGGCAGUACGCUGCGCAGGAUAAUGCUGUUGAACAUGUCGACGUCGGGGAGCAGAGUGAACGAGCGGCUCCUGAGAUCUUCGAGGACAUGGCCAUGGAAGACGAGCCGCGGCCCACAAUGAAGAAAAAAGAAAAGCAAGCUCUGAAGCACGAUCUUUUCUUGAAACGUCUGGAGCAAUCUCGCUCUCCAUACUCAAAAUCACACGACCGCCGCCUGAAACGCAAAGCGAAGGAGCAGGUCGCAGGCGGCAUGAGUGAUAUCCAGGCGGCAAUCUUCGCUGUUGAGGACGACAUACCAACCGCAGUGCAGAACACCAUCGCUGCUGAUGAGGAAGAGGCCGACGGGACCGACGAGCCCAAGGCCAAGGCGAAACCCAAAGCUGGGCAGAUCGGCGAAGGCAAGGGCGCCCCGCUGUCAAAAAAUCAACGAAAACGCGCUCUUCAGCUGGAACGCAUGCGCAUCCCCUUGAUUCUGUCCACCCCCGAAUUUGCUGCGAAUCCGUUCCAGACCAUCCGUACGCACGCGAAGAACACGCUGGUGAAACACGAGCCGCCGACCGCCGCAUCUUGAGCCGCUCCGCGUGCAAUCGUCGAUACUCCGAGGCCUCCGGAAGUUGUUGACAGCGUCCGGAGGACUCACACACCUUUCCGAGGACUUCCUUCCGUCACCAGAGCUCUUCAAUAUUGCUGUCACCGGCGACUUUGACUGAGCCCGCGGUGCACACUGACCCCC